AUGUCCGGCAUCAAGGGACCGUCCCCCCAGGAGCAUGACGGCAGCGCCCUGCGCAUCGGUAUUGUCCACGCCCGCUGGAACCCGACCAUCAUCGAGCCCCUCGUUCAGGGCGCCAAGGAGAAGCUGCUCGGCUGCGGUGUCAAGGAGUCCAACAUCGUCGUUCAGUCUGUCCCGGGAUCCUGGGAGCUCCCCUUCGCUGUGCAGAGGCUUUUCUCCGCCUCCCAAGUCCAGUCAGCCCAAGCUGGCUCCGGUUCCUCCGCCGGUGACCUCCUCGGCGCCUCAACCACAGACCUGACUUCACUCCCCACCGAAACAUCAGGCGGCCCCUUCGACGCCAUCAUCGCCGUCGGCGUCCUCAUCAAGGGCGAGACCAUGCAUUUCGAGUACAUCGCCGACGCUGUGUCUCACGGCCUUAUGCGCGUACAGCUCGACACCGGUGUACCCGUCAUCUUUGGCGUUCUCACCGUCCUGAACGACGAGCAGGCCCAGGCCCGCGCUGGUAUCACUUCCGGUGGCCACAAUCACGGCGAGGAUUGGGGUCUUGCUGCGGUCGAGUUGGGUGUCAAGCGUAAGGCUUGGACCGCGGGCAAGAUUGAGUAA